UCUGACAGGAGGGGUUUGAAAAAAAGCUACUUCUUCAGGCUCCACCUUCAGAGACUCACUUCAUUGGAAGAAAGCUAGGUACCAGUCUGCUGUAGCACUUGCAGAAAAUUUCAUACCUACCCCAGCUGCAUUCAGACUACCCACAGUCAGCUGGAAGGUUUUUGUUGCUGUAAGCAAAAAUGCCAGCAAGAUCGACUGCUCAGCUGGCAUGGCUCUGCAUUGUCACUGUCUCUGUGGCAAUCUAUCCAGUACUGCUGCAGAAGCCUCCUAAAAGGAGAACAAUCAAUGGGAAUGCACAGUCCAAGAUGACAGGCUGCUGCGAUGAGAUUAAGGAGCUCAAGCUGCAAGUGGCCAACCUUAGCAGAAUGCUGCAGGAGCUGAGCAAGAAGCAGGAAGGUGACUGGGUGAAUGUGGUCAUGCAGGUGAUGGAGCUGGAAGGGAGCACCAAGCAGAUGGAGUCCCGCCUCAUUGAUGCUGAGAGCAAAUACUCCGAAAUGAACAACCAGAUAGAUAUCAUGCAACUCCAGGCAGCUCAGACGGUCACACAAACUUCAGCUGUAGAUGCUGUCUAUGACUGCUCAUCACUUUACCAGAGGAACUACCGAAUCUCUGGUGUUUACAAGCUACCUCCUGAUGAAUUUUUGGGGAGUCCAGAUCUGGAGGUGUUCUGUGACAUGGAGACAGAUGGAGGUGGCUGGACUAUCAUCCAAAGACGUAAAGUUGGUCUGACAUCUUUCAAUAGGGACUGGAAACAAUACAGGGAAGGAUUUGGCAAUAUUCGGGGAGAUUUUUGGCUGGGAAAUGAAAAUAUCUACCGACUUUCAAGACGCCCCACUGUUCUGCGGGUUGAGUUGGAGGACUGGGAAGGUAACAUACGCUAUGCACAAUAUAACCAAUUCACCCUGAGCAACGAACUAAAUAGCUAUCGUCUUUUUGUGGGGAACUACACUGGCAACACAGGGCGUGACUCCCUAAGGUACCACAACAACACAGCCUUCAGCACGAAGGACAAGGACAAUGACAAGUGCGUGGAUGACUGUGCCCAGUUCCGUAAAGGUGGAUAUUGGUACAAUUGCUGCACAGAUUCCAAUCUGAACGGGGUUUACUACCGCAAAGGAGAACAUACCAAGAACAUGGAUGGCAUCACCUGGUACGGAUGGCAUGGAUCAACCUAUUCAUUGAAGAGAGUUGAGAUGAAGAUCCGGCCAGAGGAUUUCAAACCGUAGAGGGAAUCAAUAUUUGAUUGUACAGCUACAUGAUGCCACUGCACAGAAGGUGGGCAACGGACAGCUCAAAAUCAGCCAAAUAAUUGUUCAUUUCAUCUAGUAUGUGCAACAGCUACAUACUGGCUGUGUACACACACGAACACUAAGACACACUAAGCACCCGCCACAGCCACUAGUGUUAUCAGGGCUCAAACUUACUUCCUCCUCUUAAGGCUCUUUCCAAAGGGAAAAAUACUGUAUUAGAAUAGGUUAGAACAGAAUGCACUUACAGCACCUUCAGAAAACCUAUUGGUGUGUUUUCACUAGCAUUGUGAUUAGUGGGUUGCCUUAGUAUUAACCAGCCAGGCAGGGACCAAAAAAAAAGAAAAAAAAAAAAGCCUCCUUGUUGCCUUUCCUUCAGUGUCUAGAGUAAGCAUUGCUGAGUAACUCCUUCCAAGAGGG